ACCUUAUCAAAACACUUCUCAAUCUCUCUCUCUCCAAUGGCCAAAGACCUCGAAACGGAGAUUCAAAGUGGGUUGCCUCACAAGGACUACCACGACCCACCCCCCGCCCCAUUCUACGACCCCGCCGAGCUCCGAAAGUGGUCCUUCUUCCGAGCCCUCAUCGCCGAGUUCGUCGCCACCCUCCUCUUCCUCUACGUCACCAUCCUCACCGUCAUCGGCUACAACCACCAGACAGCCACCGCCGCCGAGCCCUGCAGCGGCGUCGGCGUCCUCGGCAUCGCUUGGGCCUUUGGAGGCAUGAUUUUUGUCCUCGUCUAUUGCACCGCCGGCAUAUCAGGGGGACACAUAAACCCGGCGGUGACGUUCGGGUUGUUUUUGGCGAGGAAGGUGUCGCUGACAAGAGCUGUUGGGUACAUGGUGGCUCAGGUGUUGGGGGCCAUAAGUGGGGUGGGGCUUGUGAAGGCUUUGCAGAAGAGCUACUACAACAGGUACAAAGGUGGCGUGAACAUGCUCGCUGAUGGUUACAGCAAAGGAACCGGUUUGGGCGCUGAGAUUAUUGGCACCUUUAUUCUUGUCUACACCGUCUUCUCUGCUACCGAUCCCAAGAGAGUAGCAAGAGACUCCCAUGUUCCCGUGUUGGCACCACUUCCAAUUGGGUUUGCGGUGUUCAUGGUUCACUUGGCCACCAUCCCUAUCACCGGCACUGGCAUCAACCCAGCUAGAAGCCUUGGGCCUGCUGUCAUAUUCAACAACGAGAAGGCUUGGGAUGACCAGUGGAUCUUCUGGGUUGGACCCUUCAUCGGUGCUGCUCUUGCUGCAUUCUACCACCAGUCCGUGUUGAGGGCCCAAGCAGCAAAGGCUCUAGGGUCUUUCAGGAGCUCCUCAAACCUGUAAUUCUGGCCAAGCUAUUUGAGCUACGAGAGACAUGCUUCAUUUAAUUGUGUUCUUAAUUAAUUUGCUUAUACAUGGUGGAUUGGAAUAAUCUGUAUAUCCUCGUCACUAUGUUUAUUUAAUUUAUGUUUACUAUAUUUGUGGUGACGUCCAUCUCAACAGACAUGCCCAUGUUAAUUUGUGUAUGUAUUUUUAAGUGUUACGUACAUGUGCGUUAGUAUCCUGUGGUCGUGGUUUUCGCGUUUUCUUGCCAAUACCAUGUCGUUUUAUUACUU